AGUCAUUUGCCCAGUCCCCUACCCCUUAAACAGACCAGACAGAGGGAGGAAAACACAAUGAGAAUGGAUGGGAACAGCUCCAUAGAAAGCUUCGUUUUAGUGCCAAGCAGCACGCAGCAAGGCACAGCUCAGUACGGUGGAAACUGUGGAACACAGUCUGGCAGCAACGAAAGAGAGAACCAAAGUGUUGGCAACGGCAUUAUCAUUCCGAUGGACUGCAGGCGAAUUCUGCAUGGAGUAAAGGGUGAAGCAAUUAUCUGCAGAAAUUCCUGGGAACCCGUUUGUGGCACUGACGGAAAAACAUACAGCAACAGAUGUGUCUUGUGUUCGGAGAUGACGAGAACUGGAAGCGGCAUUACAGUACGGUCUGAGGGGGAAUGUGCCAACGCUGCUCCAGCAAAGGCCAACUGCAGUCAGUACCCCCAAACCAAAGGGAGAGUACUGUGCACCCGGACCUCCCAGAUGGUGUGUGGAACAGAUGGUGUGACACACAGCAGCGAGUGUAUGCUGUGCGACCGAAUCCUGAAAACGAGAUCUGAGAUUGGUAUAAAGCACAUAGGAGCAUGCGCUCAGAAGUAAAGGAGUUCAGACCACCAGCAAGUAUCAAAGCAGAAGCGUGACAAAGGGCAAGUCAUGGAAGAAUCGAUGUUAAGCAUGAAGGAAGUUGCUCUAAUCCUCAGUGCUGCCAAGCCUGCCUUCGUCCUUCUCCUACACUCUCGAGGGGACAGUCCUGCACUGGCUCAGGUGUAGGGAGAUGGCAUUAGAUGGCCAAGUCAGUCUUUUCCCAGCUCUAGCUCCUAUGAUUCUGUGGUCCCUCCGGGGAGUCCCAUUCUCCGCUCUCCUCACGUCACUAUAUCUCACUGUGCUGCUUCAAUAAAGUAAACUCAGCAGAAACCUGUUACUUUUCUCCACCAGGCCUCCUCUGAGGGACUUGUUUAAUCAGCACUUGAGCCGCACCCUCCGCAGAAGUAGCAGAUUAGGUUAGUGGAUAGACCCCUCUCUGGAUGGGUAGCUGGCCCUAGCUUUGCCCCUAGAUGUUACUCUGGUGGUUCACAUGAAGAGUCCAGGUGAGAAUAAAUACGCACCUGGGACUCCCAGUUACUGUAAGUCACCUGUGAUGAUGCCACGCCAAAAGGGAGGAAGCAGCUCUAGUGGUUACAGCGUGGCCCUGGGAGUCAGGGGCUCCGGGCUCUGCACAGAUUCGUUGUGCAGCCUUUGGUAAGUGACUUUGCUCCUCUGUGACCCUG